UCUUUCGAGUUAUAAAUCUGUAUAUUACAAUCUGUGUGCUUUAGAAAAAGAUUGAAGCUGGGCCACAUAAUAUGUAUUUUUGUGCAUAUAAGUGAGUUGAUUAUGAAGAAAUAGGGAUAUAUGAUCAACAGGAAUGGUUGUGCAUUAUGUAAAAUGAGUUUACGCUGCAAUUGACAAGCAUCUAAUGCACAUGAACGUUGCAUAAUGAUUUUAAAAUCAGUGUAUUUGGUAGGAAAAAGAAGGGAACGAAUGAAUGAAUGAAUUUAUUUAUCUGUGAUGUGUAUGAGUACGGCAGUAUUAUUUAGACUCCUGAGUAGAUAUGAGUGUGUUCGUUAAGAACAUAGUUGAAAUCCAGCAAGCAUUGUAUAUUGACGGAGAUAGCCAAGAUAUAUUGAUGGCAUUGAAAUGACCCUUUCCCAUAAUUCCUAACUUGUCUAUUUUUAAUGGUGCCGGCUAUCUUUAUAUCACAGAGGAGGGAAGUUUCCAUGCACCUUCCUUUUCACCUUAUCUAUUAUAUCUCUCUCUUAAUUAUUCCACCUGUUUUCUUUUUAUAUUAAUUACAACUAUUAUAUCUAUAUGCUUUGAAGUUAAUUGUUUCCGAAACGUAGAUAUCUUUCCAACUCAGAGUGCUGGUUCUACCAUGGGAUGUGUAAACAGCAGGUACACUCCUCCACAAAACAAAAACCGAAGUCGCCAUUUGAAACGAGAGAAUGAUCGGUAUGUGAAGGUGGGAGUGGAGACUAAGAAGAGAGUGGUGUUUGUGAAUAGUGGACAUUAUAAGACUUGUACUGAAGGAGAAGGAGAUAGAGAUAGAGAUAGAGGUGAUAAGACAAAGGUUGUUGCUGAUGAUAAGUCUGAGGAGAGUGAUAAGAAGAAGAAUAUGAGGAUGAUGAUGAUUGCAAACUAUGAAGUUAAAGUGGGUGACGGUGACUGGCCAAAAUGGCUUGUUGAUAAUAUUCCUCAAAACGUUUUGUCUACUUUGAUUCGCAAGACUGCUGAUUCUUAUGAAAAACUAGGAAAGGUAGGACGUGGAACAUAUAGCAAUGUAUAUAAAGCCAGAGAUAAGGACAGUGGAAAGAUAGUUGCUUUGAAGAAAGUAAGAUUUGACACAUCAGAUUCUGAAAGCAUAAAGUUUAUGGCAAGAGAGAUCAUGAUACUACAGACACUAGAUCAUCCCAAUGUCAUCAAACUUGAAGGAUUAGCAACAUCAAGAAUGCAAUAUAGUCUUUAUCUAGUCUUUGAAUACAUGCAAUGUGACCUCACUAGAGUUAUUUCUCGCCCUGAAGAAACACUCACUCAACCACAGAUCAAAUGUUACAUGCAACAACUACUUUUGGGACUCCAACAUUGUCAUGAGAGGGGAGUUAUGCACCGAGAUAUUAAAGCUUCAAAUUUGUUAAUAGAUAAAAGAGGGGUGCUAAAAAUAGCAGAUUUUGGGCUUGCAAAUUCAAUAAAAAUAAAACCUAAAGGGCCUCUUACAAAUAGAGUUGUGACACUUUGGUAUAGAGCUCCUGAACUUCUUUUAGGUUCAACUGAUUAUGAUUAUAGCAUUGAUAUAUGGAGUGUAGGUUGCUUGUUGGCUGAGAUGUUUGUGGGAAGGCCAAUUAUGCCUGGGAGGACUGAGAUUGAACAGCUACAUCUGAUCUACAAACUUUGUGGUUCACCUUCAGAAGAUUACAUGACAAAAAUGAAGCUGAGGACAAGUUUCCGUCCACCACAACGUUAUAAAGCUAGUUUUCAAGAAAACUUUCGAGAUUUUCCUUUAUCUGCCCUUAAUCUCUUGACUACACUUCUUGAUUUGGACCCACAACAUCGUGGCACUGCUGCCUCUGCUCUUGAAACUGAAUUCUUCAAAUCUUUUCCAUUAGCAUGCGACAUUUCAGAACUACCGAUAGUGGUCAACAAAGGUGAUGAUGAACACACACAAAAUAAGAGACGAAAAAGGCGCAAAGGUUUGAAAAAAGGGAAACUAUCCAAAAGAAGUGCAAGCAAUAUAAGCCUGUCAGAAAUGAAACAAGCUGCUGAACAAUGCAAGACAGAUUCAGAACUAUCAAAGGAGGAGAAGAGUAUAGGACAAAACAUGCUAGGAUCAGAAACGGGAAAUAGUGGAAGCAGCAGCAAAUCAUCAUCAAUAUUUACUAGCGAACGGAGCAUGAAUGCAUCUAUAUCUCCAGUUUUUCUCUCUAGCAAGAGAAUAUCUCCCAAAACUGAAGGCCAUCCUAAUGCUCUAAAGAAUAUAAAGAACUACACACUCUUACAGGCAUCUAUACUUGAUAUGAUCAACCCUAGUGAAGGCAAUGAUUUUGGUCAGUUUCGUAGGUCCAUCUCUACGUUGGAUUUUCGGCUUGAUCCAGAGAAGCUAUCAAGCCUCUACGGAUCAAAUAAGUCGAACCAUGAAGUGUGACUCUUGUUCCAUAAUUCACAUGGUCUUAAGUUUGAUUAACGCUCAAA